AUGUCCGUUUCUUGCUGGCGGCCUCAACGCGCGACGAGGUGCGGGCGGGGAGCUUGCGCUUCUUGCUCUCCAUUCUGUGAGCGGCCUCGGCGGCUGCAGAAAUCGGAGAUGGGUGAUGUUGGUGAGUUGCGUUUUGGUUGUCUGGACGCGUCGGGGCGGGAGAUGGUGGAAUGGCGGACGGCGCCGUUGAAUAAAUUGCUAAACGAACGAGGGUGAGGUGAGCUUGGCUUGGGGGUGCUGACGCCGCUUUGAUUCGGCAGCCGAGAUGCGGUUGUUCGCGACUUCUCAACUUAAUUCAUUAAUUUAUUCCAAUCAACGUGCUAACAAUAUUUGACGCGAAUGCGUUGCAGUUGAGGAAUUGUAUUUUAAAAUAUCAAUCGGAUUGAUAUGCGCAUUGUGUUGUGUGUAUCUCCAUCUCGUGCACCUCUGCGUUUUAACUUGGCCUUCGGGGACACGCGGCCGCAUGACAGUUUGCCUCAGGAUUCGCUGUUUGCUUCUUUUAUACUGCAUUUCUUGGCCACUUGUAUGCUUUCUUUUGAACCUUGGGAUUAUAACUAUGUUUAAUGGUUUAUUCGCCAUUGGCUUUUCAAUGUUCUGUUCUCCUCCGCGUGGUCUUUGAUGAUGCUGCGCUGAUACUUCUCUAUUAAAGUUGAUAUCCAUCACCUUUCUAAUACUUUGUACAGAGAUACACGGACAAGUUGAUAUUCGACCCAUCUCCUCGCCCGCCAGCCCUCGGGCUAUCAACUGAGUCCGAUGCCUCCUUCCACUUCUAUAUUUCACACCUCCCUCUUGGUCUUGGCAGGGACCGGAGCAAUCUACGCCAUCUGCCUUGGAGCCCUCACAAGCCGAUUUGUCCAGAGGCACGCCCUGUAUAUGCACAAGUUGCAUACAGCGUACUUUGAAGACCUCAACAAGCCCGAGCAAUGGGGGUUUGCAAACAACCAGAUUACCCCUUUCAGUUUCACCACUCCGGAUGACGAGACUCUGUAUGCGUGGCACGUGAUGCCAUUGGGGCUGUACGCCAAGCACGAGGAAGAGAUUCUUAAACAGCCAUCUGGGCUGGCGGAGGAUAUCACGAAGACGAAGGCAUUUGAUCUCCUUACCACGGAUCCACAAGCCAGGCUCAUCAUCAGCUUCCAUGGGAACGGUGGCACCGUGGCACAAGGCUGGAGGCCCGAAAUCUACCGUACACUGUCAGAUGGCGGUACAUCAACCUUCCAUAUCCUGGCAGUCGAUUACCGCGGAUACGGGUAUUCUAGCGGCAUCCCCACUGAAUCAGGCUUGAUCACAGAUGGAAUCGCCACAGUCAACUGGGCGCUGAAUAUUGCCAAGAUACCCACUAGCCGUAUUGUCAUUGUUGGCCACAGCCUCGGGACGGCAGUGACAGCAGCAACGGUUGAGCAUUUCGCAGAGCAAGACGUUAGUUUCGCGGGAGUUGUUGUGAUAGCUCCGUUUGCCAGCCUCACUACAUUGCUAACGAGAUACUCUCCGGGAGGGCUGAUACCAAUUUUCGGGCCAGUGGCAUGGAUCCCUGGGUUCGAUAAAUGGGUUUUCGGCCUGCUCGUCGAUAAGUGGAACUCUGCACAGCGGGUGGCAAACAUUGCAAGCAUUAGCAAACGGCUGAAAUUGUUCAUUAUUCACGCACGAAACGAUUGGAAUAUCCCGUACACCCAUUCAGUUUCUUGGUUUGCGGCUGCAGCAAAUGCUGCAACGCCGGGAAUGUCGGAUGUAUUUGUGGAGAGGAAGGCGUUCAAUACUGUUCACAUGGGUGAUGGUGGGUCGAUAAGCACCUGGACGGCACCGGGGAAGUUUAUCCAGGAGAUUCUUGUGCCGCAUGGAGGACAUAAUGUAGUGAUGACAUUCCCUUCUGUGGCGUUGGCGGUGUUGAAAGCGUUUGAUAUUGAUGAAGAGAAUGUGCUAUAGAAGUCAAACUGGCGGGAUUAGGAUUGUGUUCUCGAAGAGUAUAGCUGGCUGUCAUCCACAUUGGUAGUCGGUGACCACCCAGCAUCAUUCUAAGCCUCCUACGUGGCGGUCAUAAAUUUGAAAAAAGGAUAACCCUUUCCGGCAACCCGACCCAGCUACCUCACCACCCCCCCAAUAACUUCAACUGCAGGAGACUUCUGCUACGUCCAUUUACCUUACCGGCGGAGGCCAUAUUUUUACAUGGUUGUGACAGACUGUAAUAGGGUGCCAGAAGAAAUUUAUAUGGGGCAUAUGUGGGCUGAGUAAGACACCCUAAACAAGUCCAGGACUAGUUGCCCGAUAAAAUCUCUCCACAACGACACAAUCCGACACUAUGAUAGGUCUUUCGAGCGAGCUUAGCGACAACAAAUAUAACCAGUAAAUGAAACUAGGGCAAAAACUCCAUAUACCCAGUAAAACAAUAAAUAAAUUCUAUAUACAGUC